UGCAUAACCAAUGUCGAAGCACGUGUAUGAUGAAUACGUGCCUCUGUUAUUGUAUAUUCUGUGUAUAAAGUUCUGUAUAUCAAAUUAAUUAUCGUGUUUGUUAGUGAAUAUAUUGAUUAACAAUCUCAAUAGCAAUGGAUGAAAUGUCGAAAGACGCGCGUUUUGCGCAUAUCGCAAAGGAUCCGAAAUUCCGACGCAUUCCUAAGGCUGAGAGAAAAAGUAAAAAUUGACCAUCGAUUUAAAGAUAUGUUUAAAGACAAAAAGUUCACCGUGAAAUAUACUAUCGAUAAGCGCGGUAGGCCAAUUAAUCAAACUACCACUGAAGAUCUUAGGAAAUACUAUGAUCUGUCUAGCAGUGAAGAAGAGGAUGAAGAUAUAUCUGUCUCAUCCACAAGUAGGAAAGAUGAAAAGAAGAAUAAAGCAAAGGAUAUCAAGGAAAAAGUGAAAGACAAGAAGAAGGCAAUGAAGCAAGCUGACUCUGCGAAAGAUUGUUUAGAUAAAGAAAGCAAAGAUGAUCAAGUUGAUGAUGAUUGUGCUUCAAGUAGCAAGGAUUUGCUUCAAACAAAAUCGAAAAAGGAAUCUAUUUCUGUCAAUGAAUCUAAUAAUGAAUCUAAUAUUGAAUCUGAUAAUGAAUCCGAUAAUGAAUCUUCAUAUGAUGAGGAUAAACUUUCCCACGAGGAAAAGAAUUUUCAAUUGAAUUUGGAUGAAAAUGAUAAACAACUGCAUAAAAGAAGAAAAGAUGAAAGUAAUAAACUCACAAAUGAAGUUAAAGAGAAACUAAAAGAUCUUACUGUAAAUUAUGCCAGGGGUGAAGGCAUCUUGUUCACUGAUAGCUCUUCAGAAGAGGAAUCAUCUGAAGCCAGUGAUAUUGAAGAAGAAAUUGAACACAAAUGGGGCGAGCUAGACAAAGAAGCUGAAACAACAGAUGAAAUCACACACAGAUUAGCUAUUUGUAAUAUGGACUGGGAUAGGAUAAGAGCUGUAGAUUUAAUGAUUUUACUAAAUUCAUUUUUACCCAGUGGUGGACUCAUCCAUUCUGUUACGAUUUAUCCAUCAGAGUUUGGCCAGCAACGAAUGAAGGAGGAAGAGGUCAAUGGACCGACAGAAUUAAAAAAUAAUGAAAAUAUCGACAAUGAAGAUGACAUCGAAGACGACAUUGAAGAUGAUAAUGAGGAAGGUUCAAGUUAUCACAUGGAAAAGUUGAGGCAGUAUCAAUUGAAUCGAUUGAAAUAUUAUUAUGCUGUGGCUGAAUUUGAUUCUGCCAAAACGGCAAAUAAAGUAUAUACAGAAUGCGACGGUAUCGAGUACGAAUCGACUGCAACUAAAUUAGAUUUAAGAUUUAUACCAGACGAUAUGACGUUUGACCAGGAACCUAAAGAGAUAUGUACUGAGAUACCGGAACCUGUGAAAUAUCAACCACGACAGUUUACAACAACAGCUUUGCAACAAGUUAAAGUCGAGUUAACAUGGGAUGAAACAAAUUUAGACAGGCAAGAGUUUACUCAGAAAUUAAAUUCAGGAAGACUACAAGAUGUCGAUGAAAAUGAUUUGCAGACAUAUCUAGCGAGCGGUAGCGAAAAUGAUUCAGAUACAGAGGGGGAGAAAGAAGCAACUAAGGGAGCCAAUGAUGAUCACGAAUCAGAGACAGAUAAUGAUCCAAUUAGAAAGUACAAAUCUCUAUUGAAAACCAUUGAAGAGGAAGAAGAAGCAAAACAAAACAAGGAUGUCGAAUUGGAAUUUACAUGGGGUAUUGGCACGAAAGAGAAGGCUGAGAAAUUAGUUAAAGAGAGUAUAAAAAAUAAGGAAGAGCUCACACCUUUCGAGCAAUAUCUGGAAAAACGCAAAGCGAAGAAAAAAGCUAAGAAAGAAGAAAGAAAGAAGCUUAAAGAAAAAAAUUCGAGCGAUUCAGAAGAUUCUUUACCAUCUGAUGUAGAUGUGAAUGAUAAAUACUUCGCGGAAGAAUUUAAAAACGAUAAAUCAUCCUAUAAAAAAGAAAAGAUAGACAAUGAAACUAGUGAUAUAGAAUUGUCGAUUGGAGAAGAAGAAAAGCGACGUAAAGCCGAAUUAGAGUUACUUCUGAUGGAUCAAGAGGACAGCAAGAAGCAUUUCAACAUGAAACAGAUUGAGGAAAAUGCUACUAUGUCAAAAUCUAAACGAAAACGUCUCAGUAAAAAGAAGAACGCGCAAGAGGAAACAAAGGAAGACAAUUUCGAAGUUGACGUUAAGGAUCAGAGAUUCGCCGCUUUGUUUACGUCGCAUCAUUUCAAUAUCGAUCCCGCAGAUCCGCAUUAUAGAAAGACAAAAGGUACGGAAGCUUUAGUCAAUGAAAAGCUAAAGAGAAGAAUUGACAACGAAGCACAUGCAGAAGAUGAUAAACAGGUUAAAAAAUCGAGAACAGGUGACAAACUAUCAACGGAAUUGCAUGCAUUAGUUAAAUCUGUAAAGAAAAAAACGCAAAAUAUUAAACAAUCAAUAAAAUGAUAAUUUUAUCAUA